AUGGUGAAGCUGACAAUGAUAGCUCGUGUCACUGAUGGCCUUCCACUGGCAGAAGGGUUGGAUGAUGGGCGAGAUCAGAAGGAUGCUGAUUUCUACAAGCAGCAAGCUAAACUUCUUUUCAAGAACUUGUCAAAAGGGCAUCACGAAGCUUCACGGAUGUCAAUUGAGACAGGGCCCUACUAUUUCCACUACAUCAUUGAGGGCCGAGUAUGUUAUCUGACUAUGUGUGACCGCUCUUAUCCGAAGAAACUUGCAUUCCAGUACCUAGAAGAUCUGAAAAAUGAAUUUGAGAGGGUCAAUGGCAACCAAAUUGAAACUGCUGCAAGGCCAUAUGCUUUUAUCAAGUUUGAUACAUUCAUCCAGAAGACUAAGAAACUGUAUUUGGAUACAAGAACUCAAAGAAACCUCAAGAAACUGAAUGAUGAACUCUAUGAGGUGCAUCAAAUUAUGACUUCAAAUGUUCAAGAGGUUCUUGGUGUUGGUGAAAAGCUAGACCAGGUCAGUGAAAUGUCAAGCAGGUUGACUUCUGAUACAAGAAUAUACGCACAUAAGGCAAAGGACCUCAACCGGCAGGCGUUGAUUCGGAAGUAUGCUCCUGUCGCCAUUGUCAUUGGGGUAGUAUUGAUGCUGUUUUGGCUCAAGAACAAGAUAUGGUGA